ACGUGGACUGUGCCUUGGAAGACCUGUGCUUUCUCGUAUCUAAGCUGUGUCAGAGCUGACACUCUGCUUUGCCAUUUUGUUCCCGGUGUCCGGCACUUAGUGAAUUAAUUAAGGAAGAGCUGGCGAUGGAUUGGUUUAGCUGCUGUGCCCUGUAGGCAUAAUAAUACGAAAGAAGAUGUUAAAAACUACAAGCAACCUUCCUGGUAAUGGAUCUUUGUCAGAAAAAUGAGGCUGAUUUAGACAGCAGUGAAAUCCAAAGUACAGAAGAAACAGAGCUGAGCUGCUCUUGUCCAGACGAAAGGAGUGAGAGGAGCCAUGUGUGCUGCCUUCUCACUAUCAGUGACCUGACGCUUGAACAAGAUGGAAGAGCCAGUGAGUUUGUUAUUGGAACUGGCUGGGAAGAAGCAGUCCAAGGCUGGGGAAAGAUUUCUCCAACUGCUUGCAUCUGGCCACGGAAGAAGCUAAAAAAGACAAGGGUAGGAGAAAGUGCCAACAGCAGCUGUUUACUCUGUCUCAACCUCCCCCAAGGAAGCCUCGAGGCCAGGCCUCCCGCGGGACCCGGGAAAUUGGAGGCAGGGGCUGUAGCUGAGGUAGGCUCGGAGAAGGAUCAGAACAGCCCCUCCCAGAGUCAGGGGCCUUCCCAGGGCCCCAACACUGCUUCCAGGGAGAUUAGCAAAAUCUACUUUCCCACCUACAUUCAUGGAGAAAAAAAAAGCCUGCAAAUCAAGGAGUUUAUUUGGUGCAUGGAAGACUGGGCCGUCCCCAAGACUGUUAGGGGCAAGGCACCCAGGAGUCCCAGCGGAGGCGCCGACAGAGGGCUCUCCAUCUCAGACUCCCUGACUUCCAAGGCCCUCUUGGUUCUGCCUCCCCUGAAAGCUUCACCCCCAAACGGCUUGGAUAAGAGUAAGAACUUUUUGUUGCAGUUGGGAGAGAAGGUGCCGAGUGUGGAAAAGGAUGAGUGUGUGGUUCGUGCAUAUGGGUUGAAAACCAUUGGUGGGGAAGGUGAAGAGACCCAUAAGCUGGCCAAGCACCUGAAGGUCAAUGACGUGCGGCCUUUUCUAUCUCCAGGGGCCCAGACGUCCCUGCUGUCCGAUCCCGAGCCGUGCUCCCUGCCUGAAAACAAGCAGAUGUGCCUGCCCAGCCCCAGCAACGCUCACUAUCUCACCACCUUGAAGCUUUUGCAGAAGCAGGGAGUGCAACACUACAAAGCCAAAUUCAAAGCCAAAUUGCAGAAACCUCCCGUAAAUACUCAAAAGCACAUUGUCACGGGGGCCCAGGAGGACGACAGGCCCCAGACGCUGGACAGCAGAGUUUUGCCCGGAGCUCUCCUGCCGUCCCUCACAGAAGAAGUUCACUUUACAAGUUCAGUCUCCCAGAUCAAAGCUACAGUGUAUAUUUGUGAACAGUCUCAGAGUAACUCCAGUAUCCACUGCACUAAGUAAAAGUGGAAGCAUCUUCCCAUUUCCUGGGAGCUGAGAACUGCUAGGAGACAUAGCUGUUUUCCACACCCACACUUUGACACUGGGCUGUGCUGCCUCUGCCAUAGAAAAGGAGGGGAUUAUCUAAUGGUAUUUCCCAAUUCUGUCACUGUCGCACCGUUGACUUGCCUGCAGACAUGAAUGGAGACUCCAAACCGUGAACAGUUCCUUCUGUCCCAGUUUUGAUCAGCCUUGCUCUGGUCACCGGCAGUACGAAGUGAAUUUCAAAUUAUACAUUUCAGAAGUUGCUGAUAGGGCCAGCACCACGGCUCACUUGGCUCAUCCUCCACCUGCAGCACCGGCACCCUGGGUUCUAGUCCCGGUUGGGG